AUGGCCCGCUUGGCUGCAUCUCUUUUGGCUGUUGCCGUCCUUGGCGCCGCAGAGCCUCUGCUCUUCGAGCCGGACCCCUUUGCCAGCCCGCAGCUGCGAGGAGCCGAUCCUUUCGGCGACAGCGAGGAAGAGCCGGGGCGCAGUGACAAGUGGCUGAGGGACAUCAGCAAACGGGCCAAGAACCACUUCAAGAAGUUGCUGCAGCCAUUGCAGACGCCCAUUGUGCAGGAGUACCAGGUCCUCGGCAUCCUUGAUGGAUACGUGAACUACACGAUGCAGCUUGUUGCAAAUGCUACGGGCCAUGAUGUCAUUUGGAACCGAAGCGCGGGGCGUUUCCUGGCCGAGGAGACACGUGAGUUGAAGCAAGAGCUGCCCCCGCGAGCACGCUACAUCAACAAGAUUCUGAUCUACAUGAACAAGGAGAUGGACGUGGUCUGGAACUUCAAGACUAUGAUUGACAGGAAGCGCUGGGGCGUUGGGAACGUCAUCACCUCAUCGCCCUAUGGCCCACACGGGGAGCACCCGGAGCGCUGGCGAGCUAAUGGCUCGUGGCCACUUCCCAGGGCCAGGCCGAACCAGACCCUCCUCCUCCAGGAGCAACCGACCAACCUGGUCCUGCGCAUCAAGCCAGACGUUGACGAGCAUGAGAACAAGUAUGCGCAGCAACUUCAGGCUGACUACGAGUCCUUGGUCUACAACAUCAAUGAUGCAAGCAAGAAGAUGAGCGACCUCCGUACCCGGCUGUGGAAGAUGGAGGACUUUGCCCACCAAUUCAUCGUUCUUCCGUCCGGAGUGUGGAACAAGAUUGAUGCGAACUGA